AUGGCCGGUGGCAAUGGCAGCGGCGGUGGCGGUGGCAAUGGCGGUGGCGGUGGCGGUCGCUCCCUCUGGGACACCGCCUUCCGCCCGCUGAGCAACUCCUGCCUGGAGGACUCGGGCAGUCCGCGGGGCAACUGGGCGCACGCCAGCGACGAGGGCGAGCGCGAGGAGAUGCAGAAGGUGGCCCCCGUGAAGCGGCUCGUCUAUCUGGCGACGGACGACGCCUCCGUCUGGAAGAAGGAGAUUGAGAGCUACGAGCAGCGGGGCUACAAGUUUAUUGGCGACUAUGAGAUAUCGAACACCGCCAGCAUCGGCCGGCGGUACUCCUUCGACUCGCUGAAGAACAUCAUCCUCGACGUCUGGCUGCUAAGUGAGACCGACUACCUGGUGUGCACCUUCAGCUCGCAGGUUUGUCGCCUCGCCUACGAGUUGAUGCAGUCGAGGAGUCCUCCAGUCGACCGCUCCCUCGACUACUACUCCCUCGAUGACAUCUACUACUUUGGCGGGCAGAGCGGCCACAACCAGGUGGCCGUCCUCGCUCACAAUCCCAAGAUGACCAAUGAGAUUACGCUGAAAGUGGGCGAUGUCUUAGGAAUCGCCGGCAACCACUGGAACGGCAUGUCCAAGGGCGUGAACAAGGAGACGAAGGAGGACGGCCUCUACCCGGGCUUCAAGACUGUGGAGAAGGUGGAGACGGCGCCGUUUGAGCUCUUUCAGGAGGAGCACUGA